AUGGUUGGUGUACUAAGAAAAUGUUUGUUUCCCCUUUUACUUUUUCUUGUCAGUGAUAGGCCUUCAAGUAGUGAGCCGAUCGCGAACCCCAAACCUCAAUUAACCUCGCGGACGGUUCGAACUAAAUACGGUGAUGUUAGUGGUGUUAUUGUUACCCUCGAUGCAAAACAUCUCGAACCUGUUGAGGUGUUCCGUGGGAUCCCCUACGCGAGUCCUCCCUUGGGUAGUUUGAGGUUUAUGCCGCCGGUAACUGGUGCUUUGUGGCAAGGUGUGAAAAUCGCUGAUAGAUUUAGUCCGGUGUGUCCUCAACGGUUACCGGAUAUUUCAAAUGAGACCGCGGCUUUGAGGAAGAUGCCGAAAGGCCGGCUGGAAUAUUUGAAAAGACUGCUGCCCUAUUUGCAGGAACAGAGCGAGGAUUGUCUUUAUCUCAAUAUUUACGCGCCGGCUCAAGUAUCUUGCCACAGAAAGUUUUUCGAACAACUUGAAUCGCAGGACUACAUCAAGAACACUGAACUCGAACUCGAGAAAUGA